CUUCUCCUUCUUUCUUUCUCUUUCUUUCUCUUUCUUUCUUUCUUUCCUGCCCUGGGUCUCCAUGGCUGCGACGAACCCAGCCUGCUGGAUCUCGUCGGAACCCAGCCUUGCUGGGUUCGGGGAGACCCAGCCAGAUCUAGGUUUGACGAAACCUAGAUCUGGCUGGGUUCCGUCGAACCCAGCAAGGCUGGGUCUCGUCGAACCCAGCCUGGCUGGGUCUCCCUUGCUGGGUUCCGAUGAGACCCAGCAGGCUGGGUUCUGACGAACCCUGCUGGGUCUCGUCUAACCCAGCCUUGCUGGGUUUACCCGAACCCAGCUGUUGGGUUCGACGAGACCCAGCUUGGUUCCGAUGAACCCAGCUUUGCUGUUUCGAUGCUGAAUUCAUGUUUUUUCAUUUUUCAUUGGAUUUUCAUUUCCAGUUGUUAAUAAAUUUGAGAGUUGAUU